UUUCUCAAAAUUCCCACUAUCUGGCAGCAUAUAAUUAGCUCCGAGCCUCCAACCUUCCUGUUCUUCUUCAGUAUCCAUUUCCAAUUGCAUUUUUAGGAGAGAGAAAACUGAAAAAAAUGGCAUGUGUUCAUGAUCAUAGCUGCGAAGAUCACGAUUGUUCAACUGAUUGGUCUCUUUACAAACAUAUCGACCUCCCUAAGGUCUCUGCUCUGAAUGAGGCGAUUCCAGGAAGGGCACAAAAGGUUUUCAGAUCAUGGGAGGAGCGUCUAAACUCUGCAGGGGCAUUCUUGGAAAGCAAUGAUGGUGAUCCUGAGUUGAUUGUUUUCAUCCCAUUCACUUCUGAUGUCAAGAUCAAGGGCAUAUCAAUUGUUGGUGGUGCUGAUGGAACAAGUCCUUCAAAGAUGAGAGCGUUCAUCAAUCGAGAGGGCAUCGAUUUCUCUGAUGCUCAAAGUAUGCAAGCUGUUCAGGAAUGGGACUUGGUUGAGAACCUGCAAGGAGUUUUGGAAUACCAAACUAGGUAUUCUAAAUUUCAGAGUGUGGGCAAUUUGACUUUGCACUUUCCUGACAACUUUGGAGCAGACACAAGUCAGAUACACUACAUUGGCUUGAAGGGUGAAGCAACUCAGCUGAAGAGAGAUGUCGCUGUAAAUAUCGUUUAUGAAAUUAUGCCAAAUCCAUCCGAUCACAAGACACGCGCUGAGACAGGAGGUGGCUUUUCGGAAGUGUAGUGAAGCUUCGGAUAUGUUUGGAUUCUCUACCGCAACAUCUUAACCCAACAGCCUGAACUGAGUGAUGGUCAUGAUUUUUACUGUUGAUGAUCAUCAAUGGAGUUGCAUAAAUAUUGUACAUUCAUGGUGGUGUCUUAGGAGGAUUCUGGAUAAUUUUGAUGGGGUUAAUGCCUCCCAUAGUAUCUCUUAUGUUCUUAUAAGUAUCUUAAAGUCCUAAACAAAAUUAUACCUGUUAUCCCACUGGAGGGAAAAAGAGAGAGUUCUUAUGAGAGUUAUCUUUGCUUUGAUAGUUCUGAUUUAUUCUCCUCAGCUUCUGAAAGCAUAUUUUUGAUUCCAUACUUGAUUGUGUCGUAUGUAAGUUGAAUGUAACAGAAAAUCUUGACCAAAAACCUUUACAUGACGAAUGUACAUGUUAACGAUCCACGUUUUUUUCGCAUGGAA